AACAGAAAAUAAGAGUAUUUCUUCUCCGGUUGUAGCUCCAGCAACCGUGACGGUGACGGGAAAUUUCCUCCGUUAAGUAAAAUGUUUCUGUUUGAUUGGUUCUAUGGAAUUCUCGCUACGCUUGGUUUGUGGCAAAAAGAGGCGAAGAUUUUGUUUCUAGGGUUAGAUAAUGCAGGGAAAACGACGUUGCUUCAUAUGCUGAAAGAUGAGAGAUUAGCACAGCAUCAACCAACUCAACAUCCAACGUCUGAGGAAUUGAGUAUUGGGAAGAUAAAGUUUAAGGCUUUUGAUUUGGGGGGUCACCAGAUUGCUCGUAGGGUUUGGAGUGAUUAUUAUGCUCAGGUGGAUGCUGUAGUUUACCUGGUUGAUGCAUAUGACAAGGAAAGAUUUGCGGAAUCAAAGAAGGAGCUGAAUGCUCUUCUUUCUGAUGGCUCACUUGCAGAUGUACCAUUCCUUAUCUUAGGAAACAAGAUUGACAUUCCUUAUGCUGCCUCAGAGGACGAGUUACGUUAUAAUCUGGGCCUCACGAACUUCACUACAGGCAAGGGCAAGGUUAAUCUUUCUGGUUCCAAUGUCCGUCCUUUGGAGGUAUUCAUGUGUAGUAUUGUACGCAAGAUGGGAUAUGGUGAAGGCUUUCAGUGGCUUUCUCAGUAUAUCAAAUAGGGAAAGAAGUGUGCUCUUAGUAUCUUGAUAGUAUCAUCAACAUUAGCAUUGUAGUUUGAUACUUUGCUCAUGUAAAUUGGAUAAUAAUACUUAAAUGCUAGUUUUACUUUUCAUAGAUAGAAAACAUGCAUGUAGUUGGAAAUUUUGUGUUGGGAAGUUAUAUCUGUUUAGCUUAAAUGUUAUAAAUGAUUGUUGGAAA